AUGGAUGCUAGAGGAACUAAACGAGAAAUGAUGGACGAUCAUCAUCAGAUAAUCGGCAACCAAGUUGUUGACCCUAGACAUCUUGUCCAAGACCAACAGGAUUUAACUAAUGAACAUGCUCAGGUUGAAAACUGGGCACAUCCUGGUAUUAUGAGUAAUUCAGAAGAUGUAAAAAGGAUUGUACUAGAAAUUCAUAGGCAUAUGUUGAGUGAAUAUCAUAGAUCUCGACAAAAACUCUUGAUCGAAGUUACAGAGAAGCUUCAUGAAGAGUUUUUAGCUGAAGAAGAGAAAACACGAGGAGAAUUGGUUCAACAAUUCAAAGAGGAACUAGAAAGCACAAAAGAAGAGUUGGACAAGAAGUAUAGAGAAUCACUCAAAUAUGAACUAGCACAGUUAGAAGAACGCCAUCGAAAAGAGAUGAUGAAUGUUAAACGACAGCAGUGGUGUUAUCAAUGUGAAAAAGAGGUGACCCUUUGUACUCGAAGAUUCAGUACUUGGUUCUUCCAUUUCAGGCAAUAUAUCCAUGUUGUUGGAAUACUGCAUACUGUGGUGUUGAUUGUCAACAGCAACAUUGGCCGCAACAUAAAAAAUAUUGUAAAAGAAAGAAAGGAGGUGCUCGCUAAAUUGGCAGUCUCGAUUGUAUACAUCCGUGAUAUACCUUUCAAUUGGUAUUAUGUCUUCUAUCUUUCCCUCCAUGACAGAACUUCUUCUAAGAAUUUACACUGA